AUGGCGCCACAUUUCUUCCGUCAACAAUUCAACAGCUAUCGACAAAUCACAUCCAUGCAGCAAUACGAAUUAUAUGAUAUGCCAGCUGACGCUAUUUUGUCAGUCGUGUAUAGCUCUACAAAUCCGGAUCUUUACUAUUGUUCUACACAUAUGUAUACGACUAUCUCAUUUGCCUUAUAG